AUGGCAACCAGUCGUGUCAGCCCCGUUCGCCCUUCGGUUCGAUUCUCUCCGACCGAGUCUCAUCAUUAUCGUAAACGCUCAUUAUCUCGAUCUCCCGACCGUUCUGCUGCUCCGAAAUAUGAAACAAUUGACCCCUUGCUCAGCAACCUUUCUCCCGAGUCCACCUUGCUGGCGCUAACCUCCACCGAUGCGGUACCAAAGAAUGAGAAAGCUGCUCAUGAUAUUCUCUGGAAGAGUAUUUCGCAAGUCUCCCCGGCGGAACGCGCACUGGGGAUCCGCGCGGCUAUAGCAGCUCAGAAGCUCGGCGAGUGGUAUCGGGAGGUGCAGGCAUGGGACUGGCCGAAGCGAACCGAUGCCCAACAAGGAAAAGGUUUCAUGCCGCCGUCUUCAGAUACUAUCGACUCUGAGGAACAAGUCUACUAUGGAAGCCUACCCUCGGUUGUUGUUAAGCAGCACGAGGAUCGUAUUGAAGAAAUCCAAGAUGGUAUGGAAACAUUAGACGUUGACGAACUCAAGGAACACGUUCUCAAUGCCCACAUUCCAGCGCGGUCUCGGCCGUCGUCAUCCAAUAGCACUAUGUCCGUGCCUCCUCCUCUGAGCUACGUUCAAUUGAGUGAUUUCACUGCCGUCAUCACCGCCACUAUUCUUCGAGCCCUUCCUCUUUUGUCCCGAUUGAACAGCCUCCUUACAACAUGGAACGUUCGACUAUUAGUGCUUCGUCAGAUUCCAGGCCUCCUACGAGCUUUGCAACUUGCUCGGUCCGAGGUGGAUUCUGCGAUGGACCUGUUGAAAGCUCCCGCUCCUCUUUCUGAAAAUGAUACCCUCUAUUCGAGAGAAAACUAUCACGCCAAGCAAGCUGGACUUGAGGCGAUAGUACUCUCGGCCGGCAGACGAAUGGAUAAUGUCCUUGACGCGCUCGAGGGUCGAGAGGAUUCACUCCCGGAAAGCUGGAUUGACGAUCUGGAGGCUGUUGAGUCUGAUUUUAGCACAUGGGUCAUGGAAGCCGAAAAGCGUACGGUUGAGAAUGAAUGGCUACGCCUGAGGACGAUGACGAGUAAAGCAAAAGAAGCUCAACGUGUGCAGAAUCAACAGAAUCGGCUGUCAAACAUUCCUGAAGAGGAAGAUUCUGAGCCUCCAGCUGCCGAUUCAUCCGAUCCAUUCUCCCAACCCAGUUGCUCGCUUCCUAUGCAAACCAUCAAUGAAGACGACGAUGACGACUCUUUGGUGGAAGCUAUUUCUGAUCCUGUUACGCACAAUCAAAGUUCCGAACAGAUGCCCAAUACUUCAAACCCCUCACAAUCCCAUCUUGACCCGAGUGAGUCUGUGGGCUUUCCUGAACCCGAAACGGACCCUGCAUUAAAACCGAAAGAGGGCGCGGAGCUAGCGAAGGAGUCUCCAGAAGAAAGUGCAAUCAAAAUCGUGAUAGAUGCUGUAUCCCCCGUUGAUGUGGACAUGUAUCAACCGGAGUCUUCGGGACUCAUGAAAAGUCUCUCGGGAGACUCCUCCGAUAAUUCUCCUGGAGGAUCUUCAGAAGAGUCACCGAACAAUCCGCCUUCUCAUUCGCCUCUAUUCGUCCGUCGGGUUCUACCUGACACAUCUGAGGCCGCUUCAGAGGAGAUGUCAUUUGAAGAGAAUACAGAGGCUGCAGCUCAAACUCAUGGAAAUACUGCGGUGCCACAAAUUCCUGUACAGGAAAGUCCAGUUUCCAUAGAGCAACCUUCGGGAGGAAGGGCGGACGAAACCAGCUCGAUCACCAAGAAGCAACAGGUCCCUCGUGACCUUCAAUGUUCCCUGACAAAUGACCACUUUGUCAUCACAAACCAGCCUGCAGCUGAGUCCUCAUCUGUUUCAUCCGAACUCCUACUGGAGGAUACAUAUCUUGUCUCACAUGUUAAGGAGAAGUUGUGCGGUUCCCAAUUAUUUGUAUCUGCCCAGGAAGUACCAUCUAUUAUUACAGGGCCAGCCAAGUCCUCUUACAAAGAGCACAAGAAGGCACCCCUAGAAGAACCCAGCUUUUUCACUUCAGAGAAUGAUUAUUUCCGGAUUCCAGAGUCGGAAAUACCGUCACUACCUACGGCGGGCGCAUCGAUAGAGCGGACUGAUGCUGUUUGUGGCAUCAAUGAGCAUCAAACAAGCAGCACCGCCACUGAACGUAACAUUCAGGAAGAAAGGAAACAAAUUUCGCAGGGAUUAUCUGUCACUCCGGUGCUUUCUGACUCUGAUCGUCAGCUUUCAGUCGCACCAUUGAAGGAAAAGGUUGCUCCCAUGGCAGUCUCGAGCAACGUGACAGAAAUUACAUUCAGUGAUGAACCAGCUGCAGCUGAACGACUCACAGUCAACAGGCUCAACCGUCAGGGCCUGAGUGCAGAUACAGGACGAGCGGUUGACCCGUCCGGUUCCGAGAAAUCCUCGCCGAUCGAAAAUGAAGCAGCAACUCUCGCAAGCGUCAUAGCCGAAGCAGCUACAACUGGAGCGCCUUCUACUUCUAUGUCAUUCAAGAGAGAAGAGUCACCUUUUGGAUCCACAACUUCGUCGCCAGAACCUACGAAGCCUGUGUCCAGCUCUCACAAUGACAAGGAGUCGGCCGUCUACCCAGGCGAACCACAACAAGCCUCAGAGACAGCUCCUCCACCCAAGAUCCGCUUGGAAAGUCCCAUCAAACUUUCAAAAAACAGGCCGCAGAGCUUAGAUAUUAGCAAAGGAAACUCAAAAUCGCGGGCCCGACGAACUUCUACCGCAUCUGCGGGCUCCCUUUCAGAUUAUCCCUCGCUUACAUCUAGCCCGGGCAUCCGUGAGCCUCGCACCGCGUCUUCGAAUGGGACACCACUGCUUCUCGAGACACCACCACCAUUCCAAGACCUUUCACGAGCCUCUGACUAUGUAUCACUUGGUACCGACCAUACUCUGCGUGAGGAGCGCCUGCACCGUUUGAACAACCAGAAGGUUCCUAAUGCAACCAUGACGCAUAACCGGGCCCUGAGCCUUCCUCUGCAAAGAUUUAUCAAUGAGAGAUAUGACAUGCAGUACGAGAGCGAGGCUGGACGUGAUUUGGACGGUGCCCUCAGCAAUCGACGAGCCUCAGAUGCUUCCGUCGACCUGCGUCCUCAAAGCGAGCAGCAUCCAACGCACUUACAGUCACCAAAGGAUCGCCCAACCGCGCCGACUAAUAACUUGAAACUUCUCGCAAGUCAGCACCUGGAACUUUCUCAGAGAAGUCAAUCCACUUCGGAACUCGAUGAUGCUACCCCUAAGCUGUCUAAAGCCUGGGCACAUAACGCGAAGGCCUUUGCAGGAAACUCCGACUUUCCAAGCUCUCCCCCGGGACCUGCUGUUCGUAUCGACGCCGUCCGUAUACGAAAGCAAAUGACUACUCAUCCUAGCCUUGAGAACAUCGGUGCAUACAAUUCUGAAUCGCGGCCUUUUGGAGACACUAGAUUUUCAAAAAAGGGAGCAUCAAGAUCUCCGACUCCCAGUAAACAGUUGAGGAGGCCCAAGGAUCAACUGGAUGAAAAAAUCAGCUCGAUACUGAACACUAUCCCUGCCCGCAUUCACCUAGUAUCUUCUGAAGACCGCGAAUUUGACGAGGCUUCGGUUGCGCCCUCCCUGCCAGUGCAACAUAGGGAGCGCUUCCGCUCAAUGACCUCACAGGGAGCUUUAUCGCGCAGCGGUACCCCUACGCCUUCAUUGACGCUAACCCCGGCUCCCUCUCGCAGGAGGCAUUCUCAUGCGCCGGAAGACGGCUCCGUGAAGUUGUAUCAUUUGCAUCGAGGUGGCAAGGCUGCUCCUACCAAGCUAUUCAUUCGCACAGUGGGAGAAAAGGGUGAACGUGUGAUGGUUCGAGUUGGAGGCGGAUGGGCCGACUUGGCCGAAUAUCUCAGGGAGUACGCUAUCCAUCAUGGUUGUCGGGCUGUAUCCGAGACACCACGCGUCGAGGUUCAAGGCCUUUCUCCCCGCGCAUCUCCCACCCAUUCAUCACCAGGCAGCACACUCACACCAACCGGCAACACUGGACGCAGAACGCCAUCCCGACCCGCAUCGGUUCUUAGUAAUCGACCCUCAUCUUCGCUUGCUGUUCGCAAAACGCGGCGAGUGUCGAGCGUGUCAGAUCGGUCUGACUUCCGUUCCGUCAGCGCUGGUCAGGCAUUGAUGACCUCGUAUUCCCCACUGUCCACCGUCUCCUCCCGUCGACGGCUCUCGGUUUCGUCUACUCACUCCUUCGGUGGCACAUCAUUCGCGAGUGAAAGCCAUCAUGGAACCUUCACGAAUUCUCCUUCCAUACCCUUGGGUCUGGCAGGCCCAACACCAAGAUCACGUCGUGUCUCAAUCAGCCCGGAAAGUGAGGCAUGGGUGGAAGACGUACUUGGACAAGCUCGAAGGAGCUCCUCCUUGAGACCGGUCAAAUAUAUCUUACCACCUCAUGAGCAAGAGCCUGUUAGCGCCAGAGCCCCGACUUUGCCUAAAUCUAGAAGUAUCAGCGAUAUAGGCAGAGCUGGUUCUAGCAAGCGAGUUGCACUUCGCGGGUUUGGAAACCCGAGGAAUUGA